AUGCCAGUCCAGCCGACCUACAAAUCGGUUUCGAUCCAACUGCGGGCGUACUUGAACGCUAACAGCUCUGCAGCAGCGGAGAAAGCCUUCACAGACCUUCUCAACAAUGCUAAGUUUAUCGAUUUUGCCGCGCAUCUACUCCGGUGCCUGCAGGCUGCAAUUCUCAAGGCGAGCUUCGACGAAAUCGAUGUCCAAGCGUUCUUCAAUCGUGUUCUCCGACUUUUGCAAUGCCUUCUCCCAACUAAGAUGGCGGUCGAGUUCAUGGGCGAGAAACCACCAGCGAAAUCGGAACAGGCCAAACGCAUGCGGAUGCCCACUCUGCGACACACCCUAACCGAUACCUGGGCCAAAUUGCUCGAGAAGGGGCUCCCAGACGACCUGCUGUUGGAGGCGCUGAUCGCUCUGGGUGACGGCCAAAUUGAAAAGAUGACGGACACUGCGCGUCUGCUCGCACCCUACAUCACCACCAUCUUUGACCCACCCGCCAGCAUGGCAACAGCCGCCGCGCCUCUCGCCUCCUGGUCUCGGGCAGUUUCGCGCACCCUCCUCAAGAUCAUUCACCUGGGUGGGCUCAACUUUGACCGUCUCUACCCACGUCUCUACGCCCUCUUGGGUGAAGACCUACUGACCUGCCGCUAUGCGGAACGAUUUAUAGAGGAUUUGGACGUCUACUUGAGCUCCAUUCACGUGCCGGCAGGCUGGCUCUCCGCCUUCGCGAAGCGUCUGGUUCAGCUCACUCUGGUGGGAGUGGCACCGUUGGCUCUGAUGCUGCCUCUCCUCACUGUUGCCGCUAACUGCCUCAUUCGUCAUCCCACUUGUCGGGCUCUUGUCGACCGACGUGCCAACCAAAGUGCCCCUACGACUAAAAUGGAGACGACAAUAGGCGAUCCCUACACGUACCGAUCUAACGAUUUGGCCAGUGAUGGCGUUGGGGCUCUAGAAAGCAGUCUGUGGGAAGUGUUGUGUCUCGAGUGCCACUAUCAUCCCGAGGUGUCAUCGCUGGCGCGCCGAAUUCGUCAAAUCGGUGCAAUAACCACGGGUGUUGCCGACCAUCUGCCCGAAGUGAAAAACCAAAUUCGCUCCGGCAAUGAGCUACAAGCCGUGGUGGAUCGAACAUCGCGACAGUACCUGUCGGUGCUUGAGAUGACAAACGCACGACUGCCCACUUUGUCACCUUUGGAGGGAUGGACGAUGCAAAAUGACCUCUCUGAGGUCACGCCAUAA